AUGGUAAUUUGGAGAAGGAAAAAGUCGAUGGGAGCUGUUUGCACCAAUCCCAAAUCCAUGGGGGAGCAAGUGGAGGAAGAAACUGGCAGAGAAAAUACUUCACCAGAUGGGAAUGCAAAUGUUCCUGGGGACUUGAGAUAUUCGGAUAAUGGUAAUGGUGUCCCACUGAUACCAGACGACAAUGAUGAAGAGGGAAUGGAAAAUGAUGCGAUUGCUGCGAGGGAAACUGUGCAGAAGGAAAUUGAAGACCAUAGAAAACGGGCUGCUUAUACCAAAUCUGUUUUUCAUCAUGCUCAAACGGAUCGAGAUACAGUAAAUUCCACUCGUUCCCUCUACGAUUCAGAUGUGGUAUAUUUACAACAACAUGGUCGAGUUUAUGUGGGAGAUUAUUAUAUGCCAAUUGAUGAGGAAGAACUCGAUCGUUUACGCAUCAUUCAUCAAAUAUAUCUCCAGAUCUUCGACAAUCAACUUACUACCGUGCCUCUCAAAUCUCCGACCCGCAUUCUCGAUAUUGGAACAGGAGCUGGCGAUUGGGCCAUGGGAAUGGGUGAUCUAUGGCCCUCGGCCGAAAUAAUAGGAACGGAUAUCGCCAAAGUCCAACCCACAGCCGUCCCCUUCAAUGUCUUUUUCGAAAUCGACGAUGCGGAAGAAGAAGGCGGAUGGACCUGGCCUGCUAAUGAAUUCGAUCUCGUGCAUUUGCGGAAUAUGGCCGGAGCAUUCAGCGAUUGGGACCAGAUAUAUUCCGAAGCAUUCAUUCAUCUCAAACCCGGUGGGUGGAUUGAAAUUAUGGAUUUUGACGACCAUGCAGCUUUCCUUACAUUUUUCGAAAAAGAUAGUCCCAUGCCCGCCCUUCUCCACGCUUUAGGAGAAGCGGCUCGAAUAGCUGGACGACCACGUGGAAUUGCACAUCUUCAGCCGGAAAAGUUGAAGAAUUUGGGAUUUGUAGAUGUAGAAGUUAAGGAAUUUGCGAUUCCGAUGGGUCCUUGGCCAGAUGAUAAAACGCAAAAGACGAUAGGAAAAUUAUGGUUGGUGUCGAUGUUGAGCGCAUUGGAGGCGUAUACGUUGCGUUUGUUAACGCAGGCUUUGGGGUGGGAGGAAGAAGAGGUUAGGAGGAUAUGUGUGUCUAGUGGAGAGGAAAUGAGGAGGGUUAGUUUGGAUGUUGAGAGGGCGAGAGGGUUGAAGACUGUGGCGAGGGUUUUGGUGGGGAGAAAACCGGGGUGGGAGGUGGAUGCUGAUGCUGAUACUAAUAGAGAUGGAGAAACUGUGGUGACGGAAACUCGGACGAUUAAUGGUGAUGGGGAUAUAAAGUUGAAUGGUGAAUAA